AUGGAUUCAUCCAUCCCAAUUUUUGAAAAACCCCACCCUAAACUCAGUGUGCUAGACUGGACACGAAAUAUUCAGCGACUUCAAAACGAAGCUAGGCUGCGCAGAUUUGAAUCAUACGAACUGAGACAAAGGGCUAACCAACUUCGUAAUGAAACAUCCAUUACAACUUAUUGGGAUAACUAUACUAACAACGAGUUAUUAAGAGACAGAAUAUUUGAUGUUCAGUCAUGGCGAGAGAAACAAAGGUUCACACGAGAAUGUGUACGGGAUGAGAUACGAAUUUUGAAAGAAGAGAAAAACGCUACAGAGUUACACUUAGAGUCUUUGCAGCUGCCACUGAUGGUAGUGUCGCAAUGUAUUUCAAAUAGGGACCAGAGAGUUCCCCCGGAACUGACAAGAGAUCAACUUGGCGAAGAACUGAAUAAGGAACUCCAUAUUAUAGAGAACAGUAAACGCGUCUUAACAGAUCUUUGCCGCAUGGGCUGGGAGAAGAUUAAAGAAUUGCAAAACGUGUACUGUAGACUGGAUAGGGAGAUACAAAACAAGGAUGAAACGCUGAAUUUGGAAUAUUACGUCAAAGACUUGAAUAGAGAAAGUUCUAAUAUUUCCUAUCAGUUGGACCCCACGAGAAUCCCUGCAGAAUCAAUGACAGAAGAAAGUUAUGUACACUGCAUAGAGAACACAAUAAAAAUUGCCAACCAACUGAUGGAAGAGUCCAAAGCCCUGAGGGAGUCUAUGUUUAAAAGUCGGGAACAGGCAAGGAACCAGAUGUACGCACAAUCACAAGAAGUGGAGAUGAUAAUGAGGAGACGAGUGUACGAUGUACAAAGAGCGAGGAACGAGAUGGAAUGGCAAAAGUAUAAGUUGGAAACAAAUCUGGAAAAGGUAGACAGAGAGAUAGAGGCUCUGCGAGCAGCUGUUGCUGACAAAAUAAAUCCGACCAAACUGGUAGAAACUAGACUGGAAAUACGUACUAGAAGACCUGUUUUAGAAAGAGUUCAGGAUAAACCGAUGCGCGGUUUAAUUGAAGAAUACGAAAGAGUUCAUAUGAGCAUGAGCAUGUUGGAGAAAAAACUAAAUGAUGCUUUGAACACAUACCACGGAAUGUAUAAUCAUUAUCAGCGUGUUAUUAAGGAUUUGGAGUACAAAAACCAGGCACUUGAAACGGAUAGACGGCUCAUAGAAAUCCGGAAACCUUUGCAUGGGCCUGACGAAACCAACUUUACGAGAAACGUGGGUUACUGCCACAUGGCCGAUGAAUUGGUGUCGGAGUAA